GCACAGUGGCGGCGCGCGCGUGCUCCGUCGGUCGGUGCGGCGGCGGCGGAGCUGGCCAUGGCCGUGGGCGACGGGCUGGUGUAGCGCCGCGCGGGGCAGGCGGGUGGCGACUGAGAGAGACGGGCAUGGGAGCGCCGCAGCUGGACGGGCGCGGUGGCCUUGGCUGCUAACCGCGCACCUGGAGCCGACAGCCGGCGGCGGCGGCGGAGCGCCGGGCAGCGUAUCUUCUAAUCUGAAAAAGUCUUCCAUGAAAACUUCACUUGUAAAAAAUAAGUAAUGCCAUCUGUUUUCCUAAAAGACUGAAAUGGGGGCUAUCAUUUCAAGAGCCCCAUGGUUAUGAAUGUGCUACCGCUUCAUAAUGCCUCCUGCUAUGGCAGACAUCCUUGACAUCUGGGCAGUGGAUUCACAGAUAGCAUCUGAUGGCUCCAUACCUGUGGAUUUCCUUUUGCCCACUGGGAUUUAUAUCCAGUUGGAGGUACCUCGGGAAGCUACCAUGUCCUAUAUUAAACAGAUGUUAUGGAAACAAGUUCAUAAUUACCCAAUGUUUAACCUCCUUAUGGAAAUUGACUCCUAUAUGUUUGCAUGUGUGAAUCAAACUGCUGUAUAUGAGGAGCUUGAAGAUGAAACAAGAAGACUCUGUGAUGUUAGACCUUUUCUUCCAGUUCUCAAAUUAGUGACAAGAAGUUGUGACCCAGGAGAAAAAUUAGACUCAAAAAUUGGAGUCCUUAUAGGAAGAGGUCUGCAUGAAUUUGAUGCCUUGAAGGAUCCUGAGGUGAAUGAAUUCCGAAUAAAAAUGCGCAGAUUCAGUGAGGAAAAGAUUCAGUCGCUUGUGGGAUUGUCUUGGAUGGAUUGGCUAAAGCAAACCUAUCCACCAGAGCAUGAACCAUCCAUUCCUGAAAAUUUAGAAGAUAAACUUUACGGAGGAAGGCUCAUUGUGGCUGUUCAUUUUGAAAAUUGUCAGGAUGUGUUUAGCUUUCAAGUAUCUCCUAAUAUGAAUCCUAUCAAAAUAAAUGAAUUGGCAAUCCAAAAACGUUUGACUAUUCAUGGGAAAGAAGAUGAAGUUAGCCCCUAUGACUAUGUGUUGCAAGUCAGUGGGAGAGUAGAAUAUGUGUUUGGUGAUCACCCACUAAUUCAGUUCCAGUAUAUCCGGAACUGUGUAAUGAAUAGGACCUUGCCCCAUUUUAUACUUGUGGAAUGUUGCAAGAUCAAGAAGCUGUAUGAACAGGAAAUGAUUGCCAUAGAGGCUGCCAUAAAUCGAAAUUCAUCUAACCUUCCUCUUCCUUUACCACCAAAGAAAACUCGAAUUAUUUCUCAUGUUUGGGAAAAUAACAACCCUUUCCAAAUUGUCUUGGUUAAGGGAAAUAAACUUAACACAGAAGAAACUGUAAAAGUUCAUGUCAGGGCUGGCCUUUUUCAUGGUACCGAACUCCUGUGUAAAACCGUCGUAAGCUCAGAGAUAUCAGGGAAAAAUGAUCAUAUUUGGAACGAACCACUGGAAUUUGAUAUCAAUACUUGUGACCUGCCACGAAUGGCUCGAUUAUGUUUUGCUGUUUAUGCAGUUUUGGAUAAAGUGAAAACAAAGAAAUCAACUAAAGCUAUUAAUCCCUCUAAAUAUCAGACCAUCAGGAAAUCUGGAAAAGUGGAUUAUCCUGUAGCCUGGGUAAAUACGAUGGUUUUUGACUUUAAAGGACAGUUGAGAUCUGGAGAUAUAAUAUUGCACAGCUGGUCUUCAUUUCCUGAUGAACUUGAAGAAAUGUUGAAUCCAAUGGGAACUGUUCAAACAAAUCCGUAUACUGAAAAUGCAACAGCUUUGCACAUCAGAUUCCCAGAGAAUAAAAAACAACCUUAUUACUAUCCUCCCUUUGAUAAGAUUAUUGAAAAGGCAGCUGAGAUUGCAAGCAGUGAUAGUGCUAAUGUAUCAAGUCGAGGUGGAAAGAAGUUUCUUGCUGUACUGAAAGAAAUCUUGGACAGGGAUCCGUUGUCUCAACUGUGUGAGAAUGAAAUGGAUCUUAUUUGGACUUUGCGACAAGACUGCAGAGAGAAUUUCCCACAGUCAUUGCCAAAAUUACUGCUGUCAAUCAAGUGGAAUAAACUUGAGGAUGUUGCUCAGCUUCAGGCACUACUUCAGAUUUGGCCUAAACUGCCCCCCCGGGAGGCCCUGGAGCUUCUAGAUUUCAACUAUCCAGAUCAGUACGUGCGAGAAUAUGCUGUGGGCUGUCUGCAACAGAUGAGUGAUGAAGAACUCUCUCAAUAUCUUUUACAGUUGGUGCAAGUUUUAAAAUAUGAGCCUUUUCUUGAUUGUGCCCUCUCUAGAUUCCUACUAGAAAGAGCACUUGCUAAUCGGAGGAUAGGGCAGUUUUUAUUUUGGCACCUUAGGUCAGAAGUGCACAUUCCUGCUGUUUCAGUACAAUUUGGUGUCAUCCUUGAAGCGUACUGCCGGGGAAGCGUAGGUCACAUGAAAGCGCUUUCCAAGCAGGUUGAAGCACUCAAUAAAUUAAAAACUUUAAAUAGUUUAAUCAAACUGAAUGCAAUGAAGCUAAAUAGAGCCAAAGGGAAAGAAGCAAUGCACACUUGUUUAAAACAGAAUGCUUAUCGGGAAGCCCUCUCUGACCUGCAAUCACCUCUGAACCCAUGUGUUAUCCUCUCAGAACUCUAUAUUGAAAAGUGUAAAUACAUGGAUUCCAAAAUGAAGCCUUUGUGGCUGGUGUACAACAACAAGGUGUUUGGUGAGGAUUCAGUUGGAGUGAUUUUUAAAAAUGGUGAUGAUUUACGGCAGGAUAUGUUGACACUUCAAAUGCUGCGCUUGAUGGAUUUACUCUGGAAAGAAGCUGGUCUGGAUCUUAGGAUGCUGCCUUAUGGCUGUUUAGCAACAGGAGACCACUCUGGCCUCAUUGAAGUUGUGAGCACCUCUGAAACAAUUGCUGACAUUCAGCUGAACAGUAGCAAUGUGGCUGCAGCAGCAGCCUUCAACAAAGAUGCCCUUCUGAACUGGCUUAAAGAAUACAAUUCUGGGGAUGACCUGGACCGAGCCAUUGAGGAGUUUACCCUGUCCUGUGCUGGCUACUGUGUAGCUUCUUAUGUCCUUGGGAUUGGUGACAGACAUAGUGAUAACAUCAUGGUCAAAAAAACUGGCCAGCUCUUCCACAUUGACUUUGGACAUAUUCUUGGAAAUUUCAAGUCUAAAUUUGGCAUUAAAAGGGAGAGAGUGCCUUUUAUUCUUACCUAUGAUUUCAUUCAUGUAAUUCAACAAGGAAAAACAGGAAACACGGAAAAGUUUGGCCGGUUCCGCCAGUGUUGUGAGGAUGCAUAUCUGAUUUUGCGACGGCAUGGGAAUCUCUUCAUCACGCUCUUUGCACUGAUGUUGACUGCAGGGCUUCCUGAGCUCACGUCAGUCAAGGAUAUACAGUACCUUAAGGACUCUCUUGCCUUAGGGAAGAGUGAAGAAGAAGCACUCAAGCAAUUUAAGCAAAAAUUUGAUGAGGCACUCAGGGAAAGCUGGACUACUAAAGUGAACUGGAUGGCCCACACAGUUCGGAAAGACUACAGAUCUUAACGAUCAGCCUUUGCUCCUAAUGUAUUUGUUGGUUUCGUUUAGUUUUCAUUUUGCACUUGCACUAAAUUGAACGUGACCCUGCCAGAGAUGUUAUAAAGGGAAUGAAAUCCUGGAACCCAGAGAUAAAUUAAAAACAAUGGCAUCCCACAGAAACCUAAUCUGAACAAUCCCUGAUGACCACCCUCUGCUUUUGAAUGCUUCCAAGAUUCAUCAUGCAAACUGUCAACAUUAUGGAUAAUCAUUUCCUGCUGACUUUGCACGCCAAGGAAUGCUACUAGAGAUUGUUUUUUGUCUUUCUGUUUUUUCUUUUUGUUCUUUUUUAAAUAUUUGGUACUUUUCUGGAAAGGUGUAAAUACUUCUUUUUCAUAUUGUGACCAAGUGUUAUCACUCAGCCAACUUAUCCACACCUGGGGACUAGUAGCUGUUCUUACUUUCCAAAUGAGGCUUAAAAGAAAGCUUUCUUUCUUCCCUUUUUAAAUUGUGUAAACUACAAAUUAUAAUAUAAUUUGAAAUUAUGAUUAUUUUUCAAAAGAAAUCUUUUAAACCUGUGGAAACAUUAAUUCUUUUGUUGAUACUUAUCUACUGUGAUAGCAUCAUCCCAGCCAGACUUGAUGAAAAUCUACUUGGUGAGGCAAAUAUAAUUUAUGCUGCAUAUAUAUUUAUAAAAUUUCUAGUGGGAGUUCUAUAUAAAAAUGAUGUUAUUUUGAUUUUCUUCAGCCUGUGUUUUAAAGUUUUACAAAAGCAGAGCUUUUUCCUAAGUUACUUUUGAGUUAACUAUGUGAUCCAGUUCUUCCAGCUGCUUCUAUAAUGAGGCACAUAUUAAUACAGUUUUUACAUGGUAUCUAUGAAAGAGUUCACUUCAUAGAGCAUAAUACUUGAGCAAAUGUAUCCAAGACAGAAAGCAAAUGAAAAGGAAACUAUUUGUGGAAUAAACUCCAGGCCUAAAAUUCAGUAUUUUAGUAAAAUGCCAGCUGUUCUUACUGUAUUUAUUAAAACUUGUAAUAAUGUGAUUUUUCAAGGAUAUUAGUUCAAAUUGAAAUGUUUCAUGCCACAUGGAAUUCUUUAAUUUAUUUGUUGAGGUACCAUAUAUUUAGGGUGCUAGAUGGCAGAAAAAUGUUAAUAUGUGCAAUAGGAACUACUGGUUUGAAUGUGUAAAUGGAGGCUCUUUCUGAGCACUGGCAACAUCCAGCAAAACUACUGCUUAUUCUCCAAAGACUAUUGGGAGCUCUCAAUCCUUAGUGACAUGGGAAAGAGAACUGAGUAUUUGCCCUGUGACUGAGUUUUCUAUAGGAAUUUUAUUAAAGAUUGUUUAAUUUUGUUGUCUUCCUUAAUGUUCUCAGUCAAAUAAAUGGGUGAGCUGGUUUUGGCUGCUCUUGGGAUGUGUGGGCCUCUUCUUUAUGGGCAGCACAGGACCUUGGCACUGGGACUGUUUAAGAAAUGGUCAAGUCAAUAGACAGACCAACCUCGGGGUAAGCUAAAGCUCGUGGUCUCUUCCGUGACUUCUCUCCUUGUUUCCCAACCCCAUCAAGCAGUAUGGGAGGCCUUUUGGACUUUGGUUGGGAGCCUGAGGCAAGAGGGUGUCUUCACUGAGUUUCCAUGCCUUUGGAAGGUAUCCUGAGGUCUGGAAGAAUGUCCGUUCAGUUACUCGGUACCCAAGGCCAGACUAGCCACUUUGUAGCUCUCUUCCAUUGGGCAGGUGCUCAGAGCACAGUUUCUCGGAAAUAACUCAGCUGAUGGUGGGGAUUGAACUCUGAACUGACCAUUCCCAGGGCUGCUCUAGACUUGGUGAGAGUUGCAGAAAUAGGACUGUAGGAGGACAGGUUUGUUCAGGGAUCUUUGUCUGAUAGCAGUCCACCAUUACAUGUACCCGGUUACGGGCCAGGGGUUUGGAGAGUGGUGAGCAUUGCCAGUGAGAAGUGGGCACCAUUGUUUCCAGAGGGGUCUCCUCAGCCCAUAGGUUCCUUGGUAAAUAUAUGCUAAAUCG